AAAGCGCGGGUAGAACUAUCAUUCUAUGUCAGUAUGUUGUUGCAGUCGACAACUUUUUCUUUCAGCAACAGCUACUAGAAUGCUGGCCAUAGUCCUAGAUCUCGCCCGCAUUACUAGUAGUGCUUAGUAGCGCGGCGCUAUGGAGGGAAUGUUCUGGUAGUAAUGCCGACUAGGCUGAUUGUCGACAGUUCGUUCACAGGUUUUGAAGGGAAGCAACCAUUGAUCGUCAAACCUUGUGAAAGUCUUGUUGAUUUGAGUCCACAGUCUUCAUCAUCUCGCAGCGAUCUGCACACAGCUCGUGCUACAACUGCUACGGGGACUGGUGGUGGCAUCCGACGGAAACUCUCACUACGAAGAUCAAGCAGCUUUCGAGGAUUCCGUCGAGCAGGAAGACCUGAAAGGACGGCACCACUCCUGCCCGCAGUAGAAGAAACUAAAAGAAGUCCAGCAGCCGCUCAUCAUCCUGCUCGGUUGUCAUCUGGCCUUCCUGCAAGUCGCGUGAGUGGACUGGGCGCGCGUGUUUCUGAAUCCAUCUGCCCUACAAGUACAAGUAGUAGUAGUGCUAGUAGUAGCCGCAACAGCACUGACGGCAUUCUCACAGGCGGGUACCCUGGGUGCAGGCAAACAGGUAGUGACAGCAAAGACACGAGCAACGACUAUGCAAUCAAGCGUGACGACGAUUUAGAAAUUGGAUAUUCCAGAAGUCGUUCAGUCAGUAGCUUCGGCUCCGUGGGAGAAACGAAGCCAGGCGUGUUCGUAAGGUCAGUGGCUGGACGUUGUAGCGAGCGAGUUCGAUCUGGAAGCGCUGGCUAUCGUGGGCAAAUCAACAAACAGUUACGAAGGAUCCCUUCGCACUUGCUGAAGAAUAUCUUCACAUCUGCCACAGCAGCUAGUCGAGUGAGAUCGACCUGUGCUGGGAGUGCUGACACGGAUCAGGCGACAAUUUGCCGUUUGGUCAACAUCAAGCCUGUGAUUAGAAGAGUGGACAUUCCCCGAGGUGCUGUGAGUAGUGCAGCUGGUGCCGAAACAAUGUCGGAUAAACCAGCUGACCCGGCUUUGCCUUCGCCAAAUGAAACAGACGGCGGAGCUCUGUCAUUCAUGUCCAAAGUCACUGAUGAUGAUGUGUCUUCUAUUGGAUCGGGGGAGAGACGUGAAAAAUGGCAGAUGGUCAUCAAUGAAGUAAUCUCAACUGAACAGGCGUACGUAGAAGCUUUGGAUGGCGUAAUCACAGGAUAUAUCAAGGCAGUCGGACCAUAUGCUACAGCCCUGCAAAUCACUCCUAGCGAUUUGGAAGUUCUCUUCUGCAACAUCACAAAGUUGUAUGAGCUGAAUAGCUCGUUGUUAGAUGACUUAGUCAAAUGUGAAAAUGAGCCGGUAGCACUUUGUGCUUGCUUUGUCAAAAGAAAAGAAAGCUUCAACCACUACACAGAGUAUUGCACCAAUUUUCCGAGGUCUGUUGCUAAGCUGGAAAGCAUGUUGAAGCGUGAAGGGUCACCAGCUGCCGAGUUUUUCAAGGGAUGUCAACGCCGUGUGAAGCACACCUUGCCUCUUGGCUCUCAGCUGAUCAAGCCUGUCCAGAGAAUAUUGAAGUAUCACCUGCUCAUGAGGGAACUGGUGAAGAACUGCAAAGAUUCCUUCAGCGAUAGCGAGUUGGCAACGGUUCAGGAUGCAUGUGAGGUUAUGCAAGGAGUUGCAAGUCAUAUCAAUGAAAUGAAGAGACAGAAUGAAAAAGCCCUAUAUAUUCAGGAACUGCAAUCAAGACUGGUGGACUGGGAGGGUGAUGAGCUCGCAAGCUAUGGAGAUAUUCUGAAAGAGGGUGUGCUGCGACACCCGAAAAAGCUGUUUGGAUUCACUGAGAGAAAGGUGUACCUAUUUGAGACGCUCUUUCUUAUAACCAAAGAAAGAGACGGCGAUUUGCUCGUCAAGCCAUCUUAUCAGGUUGGAGAUCUAGGUGUGGUUGAUCUUGACGAGAGUGGAGUUGCGUUUAGACUAUCUCAACUUUCUCAAAUCUCCAAAACUACCACACUCCAUGCCCAGACUGAUGAAGAGAAGAAACAGUGGAUUGAGGUACUACGUCGGACAAUAGUAGCCAGUGACAGCCGACUGUCAGAAGAGACAAAGAAGCAGCUUCUUGCAGCGAUAUGCAAAGAAACCAAAGAGACAAGAAGUAAGCCUACUUUGAAGCGAUUCAGCUCUGAAAGAAUGUCAUCUCCUGAUCUGAAAGCUAGCAGUACGGUAGUGGGCGGCAGCGUAUCACCAAGAUGGAGAAGAGCAACAGUCAGCAGCGCACCGGAUGACGACCUUGGGAAAGUCAAAGAAGUUUGUAGUGCUGUCGAAACUGAAGGCACUUCUUCUGCUCCUGCAAUGCCGCUUGAUGUCAAACUAAGUCCACUACCACCGCGUCCACCUCAGCCAACCUGGCUGAAACCACCUACCUCACCAUCUGAUUCCAUUUCUUCUACUGCAACAUCACCUGGUCUGCGCGAUCGCUUUUCUCGUUUGUUUAGCCGGGAAGCCACUGUAGGUGAAGACUGCACUGAUGGUGGGCUCCAACAGAAGCCAUCCCACAACGCUGGGAAAGGAUCCAGCAGCCCAGAGCUGCCGUCAGCGACACAUAACCAAACACUUGAAACAGACACGACACAGCCAGAGGCAAAGAAGACCAGACAACGUCCAUCAUUGUACUUCCCCAUGAUGGCUUCAUUUGUACUAUUGUGUAGCGUGAUAGUGUUUCUUCAGACUGGAGCAGACCCUGUUGUUCUUGCUGUAGCUACUGGAGCUAUUCUGGCUGGUGUAUUUCUGACUUCAUCGUCCAGCAAACACACACAUGAACAUCAACACAAACUGAAACACUCUCCUGUAAAGUCUUCUGCAAAGUCUACUGUCAAGUAGUAGUAGCAGACAGCAGACAGUAGACAGUAGACAGUAGACAGUAGACAGUAGACAGCAGGUGAUCAGCUGAUUUACCUGCUGCUUCUCACCGGCCAAGUGAAAGCUGGAGCUAGAAGGCCGGAAUGGCUGCUGGAAUGGUUGCCGGUAUGCCGUUCAGAGCUGGCUCAAAAGUUGCUGGGAACGGCGGAUGAUGCUGGGAAUGCUGGGAACGGUGGAUGAUGCUGAAAAUGCUGGGAUCAGUGGAUGAUACUGAAAUGACAUACAUGGUUGGUAAUCGAAUUGCUUCCAUGGCUUCUUCUGCUAACUUUUAACAUGCCGCUCUUGCUGCUGCUGCUUCUGCUAUUGCUGCUUCUGCUAUUGCUGCUUCUGCUAUUGCUGCUGCUGCCGCGGCUGCUGCUGCCAGGGUGGCACUGGCUGAUGCUGUCAGCACUGUCACUGCCGCUGCUGUACAUAGGCACAUGCAGGCAUGUGAGGUUUGAUGUUCGGAUAUCAGUAGAGAGUGGUGUACACAUGCAGGCAUGUGAUAAUGUGUGUGUUGCUGCUGCCUGGCUUUGUGUGCAAGUCAGUCAGUGUAUCCACUGUUUGCUUGGACAUAGACCAUUGUCAUGCCAGGCACGUCUAGCUCAGCUUCUCAUGCUCUGUUUGCACCUGUCAAUCAAACACGAGUACCUGAUACAUACUCAUGGUUCUUCAGCCACCGACAUUUCCUCGACUUUAUCACGAGUUAGAACUGCCUGUGAAUUGAAUUCUGUGAAAUGGAUGAUUUGUUCUGACGAGCACUAUGUGCAUGCCAUUGCAGUCAACAAGUGCACUUUGGACAUGGAAUUGUUGUGACUAGUGAUGAAAACUCUGCAAUGCGGUUACUGCAUCAUUCAUCAUACCAAGAUAGGCUGCGGCGGCAGUGCUCAUAGAGUAUAUUUUGACCAUCACUACUAGUACUAGCACUAACACUAGCAUUGCAGCACUGAUGGUCAUCGAGUCAAGCCCUUAUCACUGUACACACAAUUUGUAGUGCA